CAGCAGUCAUAUACAUAGACGACUCCCUCUUCUGGCGACCUCGACCUUUCCGCCACCCUCUCGACAAUCUCAUCCGUACGUAGCACGCUUACGCAGUUUGCUAUGCGACAUCUCUCGCCUUCGAGAAGUUCCAGAUAGCGAGCCUUGAGCAUCUGGAACGCAACUCAUCAUGACGGGCUUCAACUUUAACAAUCUUCUCAAUUCUAUCGGCAAGCCAGGCGCGACUCCUUCGCCGAAGCCUACGACAAACAUCUCAAAACCGCCCACAGCAGCCGAGAGCACAGCCAACCCGCAAGCGCUCAUGCAUCGCGAGAAGCCUCGUCCCGUACCUGCACAUGUCACAGCAGGAGUUAAGCGAAAGGCUGAAGCCCAGUCUUCCGCGCCACAGGCAAAAGUAACAAGGACGGAAGUCAAGGUGCCUGUACGGCCUAGUCAGAAUGGACAAGUGGCCAGUGCAAAGCCAGUGAUCUCCACCUCUACCGCUACAGCAGCAUCAUACAAAGGCACAUCGAGCCCUUCGACCUCUUCUCAGCCGGCCAAAUCUGCAGCGAAGCCGGCAGCGGCUGCCCCUAAACCCGCUGGAAAUGGCGCACCCGCUGCCCCGAAAGGAUUUGCUGCUAUUCUGGCACAGGCCAAAGCCGCUCAAGAGGCAUCCAAAGGAGCUGGAACCAACACCAUCAAGCACAAGCCCGUGGAGAGGUUGACGAAGAAAGAGCGGAUGCGUCUUUCUGCUGCAGAGGAUGAAGAUGAACAAGAAGGCUACGACUCGUACGAAUCCGACGACAUGGAAGCCGGCUUCGAUGACGUUGACGGCGAAGAGCAGUUGGCCUUGAAGUCCGCCAAGAAGGAAGACCUCGAGGCUCUGCAAGAAGAAGAGCGGCAUAGACGGGAGAAGGAAGAAAGGAAACGCAAGUUGGCGGCUCUUAGUAAGACUGCUGCUGCUGCCAAGAAGAGGUAUUGA